ACUCAUUUUACCGCUCUGAAAAACCCGCUCUCUCUUUCGCUCCCGCGCGCUCUCUGAAGCUGUGCGUUUCGGAAGCUCUUCGAGUCGGCGAUCUGUUUUCUGAAUCAGGAGAUGGAUACAUCAAACCCUGCAGUUUUUGUCAAUGCGGAGCUGCUGCGCUUGUAUGUUGGUCCUAGGGUUCGGGCAGUGAUUCAGGUUCUGCGAUCUGAUGGUGGAGUUGUUACAGGACAAUCUACCGAUGACAACCAGAUACUUGUCAAAGGCUCUCCACCCUCUCCACUCUCAAAGUUUGUUGAGGUUGUUGGUAUUGCUGACAGUGAGAAAUCCAUCCAUGCUGAAAUAUGGACCAACUUUGGUGACACAUUUGAAACUCAUACUUACAAUCAGCUUUGUCAGCUUGCAAACGGGGAAUUUAAGCACUUGUUCCUCUGAGGUACUAGGAGCUUACUUUGUGAUACAGCUAGAAACUGCUACUUGUCACCAACAUUUUUUGUGAUGACGUUAUCUAGGAUGAUGGAUUUUUCCUCCAAAUACUGUUGUUUGGUUCUGGAUGUGAUAUUCUCGGAAAAAAAAGAAGUCGUACUUACUAUGUGAGAUAAAGUUUUAUAAAUGACUUUAGAGAACUUUAGAAUCCCCGAUUGUCGGGUCUUCAGUGAUUGCUUUCCUGGGCAGCGAUACGGUUUCUGGAUUGCCUAUUGUAAUUUGGUUACCACUUUUCCUUGUGUCGUGAAACGGGUUUGUGGGAGUUUGCUAGCCUAUAUCAAGUAAACAAUUUCUUAUUGACGA